AUGAAUGUUCAGAGACGGAAAGCUUUAAAAACAACAAUUCACAUCACAAGUCAGAUUUUAUGGCUAGUGGGUGUGACGGUGGGCCUGGUUGGACUAUACCUGUUGCUGAAGUUCAGACAGAGCAGCAUAUUCUUCGCCACCUCCUCUUUUAUGAUGCUGCCAAUCUUGGUUACCUUCGCCACCGCUGCCUCACUGUUGGUCACUGGAUUUCUGGGCACAUGGGUCAGCACCAGAGAUUCAAAAGAGCUGCAAGGAUUGUUUGUUUAUCUCCUUUUUGUGGUGUUCUGUCUGGGAACUACAGCAGCAGCACUGGCCUUUCACCACUUCCAUGAGCUGGAUUCAGAAAUACUUCCUCUUAGGGAUGUGUUCAAGAACUACACAGGAAGCAGCCAAGAUCAGAAUUCACGAGCUGUGGACAUAUUGCAAGAAUCGAUGGAGUGCUGUGGUGUUAGAGACUACAGUGACUGGACACAGACUUCCUGGUUCCAUCAAAACGGAGGUAUCGUUCUCCCUCGCAGCUGCUGCAAUCCCCUCUUUGUCGACUGCGACGGCGAUGUGCUCCAGCCUUUUUGCUUAAACCAAAUGGGCUGCGAAAUAGUGUUCAAAAACAUGUCCCGCUUCCUUCUGAGGACUCUUAUGUGGCUGUAUGGAGCAUUGGUUCAAGUUCUGAUUGUUUCUCUUGUGCCUGUUGUGAUGCUGAUGAAGGAACCUCUUCAACCAUAUCAGACUUAUAGGAGGCGAGAAUCGAGUCUCUACGAACCUGCUUUCAGAGCAGUGAAGUGUCUUCAUGGCAAUUCGAGGACACUCAAAAUACUCAAAACAGGAGGUAUUUGA